AUGCUCGGUAGGCUCGUGUUCUGCACGGGAUGUGUGGCCGCCGCGCAAGGGCUAGCGCCCGUGAAACCGUUCUUGCGCCCCUCCGGCACCCUCGCGGGCGCAGAGCGUUGCAGGAGCAGCAGGGGUUUCGUUCACGACGAUAAUCAUGGCGACGCCUCCGGCGCACAUGUUGCAGCAGCAGGCGUGCCUCGCUACGGCAGCAAGGCUCCGCUGCGCUGCCGCCGGAGCGGGGCAGCAGCAGCAGCAGAAGCAGAGGAGGAGGAGGAGGAGGGUCGCACCCGUGAUGACGAUGCUCUGCUAGGCAAAGUAGCGCCCUCCGUUGCGCUAGAUGAUGGUCCCGCGGGUGGAUGGCGAAAUAAUAAUAAUCCAGCAACCGUCGAAGCGGGGAAGGAGGAGGAAGAUGCGGCGGGUCUUGUUAUUCAACUAACCGGCGCUGCUGAAAGGCAGCAGACGACGACGACGACGACGACGACAACGGCAGCCUCGUUCUUAGGCAGCGCUCGGACGCUGGCGAUGGGAGUCGUCCUGGUGUGCUCGGUCCUGCUUGUUGCCGGUCCGGCGGCGGCGACGCCGCGCAAGGUGCGCCCGCCGCCGCCCCCGAUCCCAGAGGGCCGCAUCACGAUACUCCAGUGGUGCCAGAAGAACAUCGGCCGCCGCGUGCCCAAGCUGGCGGACGUCGAGACGGGGGUGAGGACGGCGGCGGAGACAGCCGAAAAGAUCCGCAUCAACAGCGGCGCCGCGCCCACGGCGCAAGACCUGAGGGGCAUGGCGAAGGAGGCGGUGACGCGCAAGCUGGGCGGUUUGUCCGCUGCUUCUUCGUCAAAGAAACCGGCCAACGGCGAAAAAAAGAGCUCAAUGGCGGCGCCGGGCGCUGUUGCAUCGGCAACAUCAGCAGCAGGCGUGCAACAGCAGGCGAGGUGGAGUGCCGCAGAAACACCACCAGGCACGCCGUCGUCAAGUAGCCCGUCGGCAACCUCGGACGUUCGGCAGGAGAUCGACGCCCUGAAGGAAGCACAAGCGGAGAUGCUCAGCCUCCAACAAACACCCCCCUCGGCGACAAGCACGGCUGCUGAACCGUCCUCCCUAAGACCGACCAGUAAGGCCACGUCUUCGCCCUUCAGAGUUAAGGCCCCCGCCGCCGCUCCGUCGUGGGGUUUCAAAGUCAGCUUGCCGGCCACGCCGACCUUCGGAACCGCAGCGGGGCAAGACGGCCAGCCUGAAGCGGCAGACGAGCCGCGCAGCAAGGCGAAGAAACGAACCAAAUCCCGGAGAGCAGACGCGGCAGUCUCCGGAGCUUCCGCUUCUACCGCGGCCGUGGACCUGAAGGCAGAGCUGCGCGCAGAGUCCGAAAAGGCCGCGCUGCUGCCCUCCCCUCCUCAACAGGCGAAGCAGCAGCAGCAUCAGCAGCAGCAGCAGCCACCACCGGUGGUCUCCGGAGAUGUUGCUGGUGCGCCGAAGUACGUUGCCCCGGCGCCUCUGUAUGAACCGGCGGAGGAAAGGAUUACGUCAACGACGUCGCCUGCGAAGGGAUUGGCGGCAGGCGUUCCUGGUAUUGGUGCGGGGGGGGAAGAGAAAAGCGACGCGGGGCUGGAGGGGGUCACAGUGGCCGCCCGUGCCUCGCUGGAGAAGCUGGACUUGAGAGACGUCUCUCAACAGGUGGAACCUUUCACCGAAAAGGUCGGGAGUGCUUCCGAAGCCGGAGUGGCCGCGGUACUGGAGCAGGCUCGCGCCAGCUUGGAGAACCUCCAGGCGGAGGUAGACCGCAUCUCGGCACAAGUCGCUCCCCCGGUCGCCGACAAGCUCUCCGCCGGUGGCCGUCUCUCGGAGGCGUUCGGGCGGGGAAGGGACGUGGUGUUGAAGGCCGUCGGGGAGACCGGGCGGGCCGUGGACCAGGGGGUGUCCGCGGUGUCGUCGAGGUCAGCUGUGGUGGUGGAUGGGCUUCCCGCCCUUAAAGGGCAAGCCUCGGGGCUGUCAGCACGGUGUCCCCAGCUUCUCGAAACUUGGGGCCGAGCACUCUCCGGCACGGCAGGCGAGAUCUACGACAAGAUCUCCGGUGGCCUGGCGGACCUUGCAGGCCGCGAGCCCGAUAUACUCGCUCGGGUUGGGAGCAUCUCCGCUCAGCUCUUUUCUUCCGACGACCGGUUUGGUGGCGUUUCAGCGGAGGCGGCGGCGGCAGCAGCAGCCGUGGCGGUGACGGUAGUUGGCGGAGGGGCCGCGGCAACUAUUGGUCGCAGCCGCAGCAGCGGCGACGGCGGGGGGGUGGCAGAGACGGGGGCGGAAGGGAUUGGCGCCAGCGGUAACGCAGGCCGGCGGGGAGGUGCCACGGUGGAGCAGGGCGAAGAGAGGCGGUUACAGCCGAUAGGAGGAGCAGGAGGAGGAGGAAAUGGUGUUGCAGCCGGGGAGGGGGGGUGGGACGGGGAAGAAGCGGAGGAGGAAGAGGAGGAGGGGGAAGGCGAGGUUCUUCAGCCGGUCGGCGUUAAGCUCGAGACCGGUGCUACCAAUGAGGGCGAGCGUUACGGGGAAGAUGCAAUGUCGGCUAGUAGCACCUUAUGGGAUAUGAUACGAGGAAGCGGCACGGGAGCGGGCGAUGCUGUGCGAGAGGUCUCCGAGGAAGAUUUGCUGGAGCGAGCUGCUCAGCUUGGCAGGAAACUUCGCGAAACUGCGGAGGGGCUGGAGGUUUUGAAGCACGAGGUAUCGUUGCUUCGCGAGUCCAUCCGGGAGAGCGAUUUAGAGGGCAGGGCGAGAGCCAUUGGGGAGCGACUGGCGUCCACAUUGGAAGGAAAAACAACGAGUUAGCGAUCCAUCCAUCACAGCCGUAGCUCCACUUUUAGUUUGGAGGCAGUGUGGCCAAAACGCUCACUCCUCCUGUAUACUGAUAUUUGAUGUUUACCUCUAGCACCACGGCGAUUGUAUUCGACCCUUGCAUUCUCGACAGUUGUGGUUGGGUUCCUCAGUUUUUUCUCUGGUUGGUUUAUUGUGUAUUUGCGGCGAAGCACGCGAGGACGAGGGGGAAGGAAGGAGAGGGGUGUUGGACGUAGGUAUAGCCACGAUCGUUUUUUACGAUGUUGUUGCUGAUUCGAGCAGCAUUUUCGAAGAAGUUCGCUUCCCGUUGUGUUGGUCAUGCGCGACUCGUGAGUGCGUGAGACCGUUCGUCGUGCGCGAGUUGGACUUGUUUUUGCAGCUGCGUGUCGAUUGAUGUCUGUCUCCAGUCACCCGCCCGAUUCGACGUGCGGUAGGUGCCAUAUUACAGCAAGACGCGAGUAGUACAGACGCGGUCCUGCAGUUGUUACAGCUAGUUUCUUACUUAACAUUUUUUUGUUUUUAGAGGCAGCCGGCCUAAGUUGCUCGGCCCCACCCGCGCGCAUCGCACCAUGACGGUGUGGGAAUAAGUGUGAUGAUCUUCAAGCUUGUUCAACCAGCAGCAAGGGAAUAUGC